UCAAAAUGUAAAAUCUUAGCCCAAUCUCUGUUGCUGCCAAUACCCUUAUAAAAAACAUCCCUUUCUUUCCGAACAUUCUCACUCUAGAAAGCUACUCCUACUUCACUACAUUACCUCCAUUAUCCCUCUUCUCAAAGCAAAAAUGGCAGUGCCCAUAUCUCCUUUCCUCUGUUUAGUUCUACUACUCACAGUAUGUUCUGCCUUGGGAGCCUCUCAUAGUCAUAAUAAUCAAGUUCACAGGGGAGGACUGUUGCCUAAUGGAAACUUUGAAGAGCCACCAAAGCAAAUGAAGCAAACCAAAAUCAUAGGGAAAUUCUCUUUACCUAAAUGGGAAAUUAAUGGUCUUGUUGAGUACAUCCAUGGUGGGCCCCAGCCCGGAGGAAUGUACUUCGCCGUUGCCCAUGGCGUACACGCUGUGAGACUAGGAAAUGAAGCCUCAAUCUCGCAGUCGGUGCCUGUGAAACCAGGGUCAUUCUAUGCACUGACCUUUGGAGCUUCUAGGACUUGUGCCCAAGAUGAGGUCUUGAGGGUUAGUGUCCCUCCUUUUAAAGGUGACUUGCCCAUUCAAACGCUUUACAGUAGUGAUGGAGGUGAUACUCAUGCUUUUGGAUUUAAGGCCACUUCUAAGGUUGCUAAGAUCACUUUCAGUAACCCUGGGGUGCAAGAGGAUCCUACUUGUGGCCCUCUAAUUGAUGCUGUUGCUCUCAAGGAACUGUUGCCGGUUUACCCUCCUAAAGGGAACCUUGUAAGGAAUGGUGGAUUUGAAGAGGGUCCUUACAGGUUACUUAACACAUCAAAUGGUAUACUACUCCCACCCAAACAAGAAGACAUCAAUUCCCCAGUCCCCGGAUGGAUAAUCGAAUCCCUUAAGGCGGUAAAGUUCAUUGACAAGAGGCACUUCAAUGUCCCAUUCGGCCGUGCAGCCAUUGAGCUUGUAGCAGGAAGGGAAAGCGCAAUUGCCCAGGUUAUCCGUACAGUUCCCAACAAGAUGUACAAUCUCACCUUUACCAUUGGAGAUGCUAAGAAUGGAUGCAAAGGAUCCAUGUUGGUGGAAGCAUUUGCUGGGAAGGAUACUCUAAAAGCACCCUUCUUGUCCCAAGGGCUGGGGAGGUCCAAAACAGUUAGUAUGAAGUUCAAAGCAACCUCGGUUAGGUCUCGGCUUACUUUCUACAGCUCCUACUACCACAGCAAGGUUGAUGAGUUCGGAAUACUUUGUGGUCCUGUGCUUGAUGAAGUUAGGGUUUUCCCCACUAUAUAG